AUGAAUGCUUUUUUUGAUGGGUAUGUUCAUGCCAAAACAAACUUAAAAGAGUUUGUUGAUCAGUUCGAUAAUGCGCUGAGGAAGAAGAUUGAGAAUGAAAACGCGUCGGACUUCCAAUCAUUCAAUGUCACUAUACCUGUUGUCUCUCCCUCUCCACUUGAGAAGAUAUUUCAGAAUAUCUACACAUGCAACAAAUUUAGAGAAGUUCAAAAAGAAGUCAUAGGGAUGCUUGCAACUCUUUUCACUCUACACCGGAAGGAUGGUGUAAUUGCAACAUACCUUGUAGAAGAUGAAGUGGAUGUUGAUGGUUUCAUCAAGGAGGUGACCCACAAGGUAUACUUUAAUGAGGCGGAGUGCGAGGUGAAGUGUUCAUGUGCCUUGUUCGAGAUGAGAGGCAUAUUGUGUAGACAUGUAUUAGCCAUUAUGAGAGUUAACAAAGUCCGUUCAGUGCCAGAAAAGUAUAUACUAGAUCGAUGGCGGAAAGACAUUAAAAGGACAUACACUCUUAUACCAAGUAGUUAUGACAUGGUUGAUCAGAGGCCUGAAGUUAGAAGGUAUUCCCGUAUCAUCAAGAAAUGCUACGAAGUAGCCACAAAUGCUGCUUCAUGUGAUGAGUAUACUGAGGACAUGGUAGUUCAGUUAGAUGCAAUGAACAUAGCAUACCGCACCGCCAAGCCGCCCUCAAAGGUUGCAGUUACAAGUGCCGAUGGAAAAGAAGGUGGGAGUCCUAAGAAAGUAUUGAGUCCCCUGGUAGUUAAGGGAAAAGGCAGACCGCCAUCUCUGAGGAAAAAAUCAAUGGUUGAGAGAGUGAAACCAACGACGAAGAAGCAAAGUCAGAAAGGAAAACGAAAACAGCCGCAUGGAAUAGAAGGCGAAUCCCUCUCCACUUGUAGGUCACUAUUUCAGCAAACAGAUGUUGGGACACAACACUUGAACCUCGUUCAGCCGCAUCAUAAUACAUCCGACGUGUUGGACAUGAGUGUCACGGAGUUAGGCUUUGCAGUGAAUGAGACUCAAGAAAGUAUGCAACUUGGUGGGAGUGGAAGCCAGCCGGAUAGCACACCUGGGACACAACCGUGGCAAUAA